ACACCGUUUAUUUUCAGACGACGCAAGUUUACUUCUUUCAUAACGCAGAAUGGACAGAAUUGCUGCAGAGAAGAGUUCAGCAGUAUUUGGUACUCCUCCUGAGCCUUUGUUCAACCAUAAACUUUGUGGUGCUUCACCAGAAAUGCUUAAAGACUGGAUUGUACUUCUGACAGAGAAAAACUUGCAAGCAGUAGAUAAUGCAAAGCCAGUACAGGGAGCAUCUGUAGUGCAGGACAGUGUACAGUUCUUGUUCCUUACUUGUGAUCGUAUGAAGAUGUCAAGCGAAGUGAAAUACCUAAGUCUUGAACUGUUUGAUAGGUUUAUGGUGCAACAUGUACAGGAUCUGCAUGAACAUGUAGUAAACACAAGCGGUAUGAAAACGCGUGGAAAAGACUGGCAUGAAAUACAGAACCGUGUCAGGAACCAGGUUGUCCUCCGUGUCGUGUCUUGUAUACAGAUUGCUAGCAAACUCACAUCUCAUUACAGGAUUUUAAGUCCUCACAAGGCGAGACGUUUCCUGAUAGAUUCUGGACAUCGGUACAACACAGAGAGUAUCCUGCAGUCUGAAUUACGCAUCCUGAAGACACUAAACUUUCAUGUGUCUGUACCCUCACCACUGGUGUACCUGGAGUGCUUGCUGGAAGCAAUAGGUAAUGGCUCAUAUCAACAAACAAACAGGUAUCAUGGAGUCUGGAAGUUUAAGGUUCCCAAUGCCAUGGAGAAAAAUUUAAGCAAAGUUGACUAUUAUGAAGAGGAGCAUCUAUUGCGAGAAGAAUUAGUGGUCAUAAAAAGUAUCAAAAUUGGAUUUUAUGCCUCUACGGAAUUGUGUUAUGUUGCUGAGGAAUGUUUCGCGAGUGUGAGAGCAGAUAAAAUGUUGUUGAUGGUGACACUGAUUACAGCAGGUGCCUAUAUCAUAGACAGGGACUCACAUGAGAAGGUUAUGGUUUGUUUGAGUAAGAUCACAAGCAUUCCGACAGAAGAUAUUUCAGAUUUUGCCUCUGUCAUUCUGAAAACCCUGAUGGAGAGCAGUGAAGAUUGAAAUAUUAUCCCCCUUACCACUGAGGAUUAUGUGACCAUGCAGUAUUGGUGUGUGUCGCCUGUUUAGCUGGAGCAGUGAGCGGAUGAGGAAAUGAAGAUUGAAGCAGUGUUCCUUUACAGUUUACUUUACCUCCAAUGGCUGUUUACAGCAAUACUUCAGAAGACUGAGAUUUGAAAUAAUCCCCAAUUUCUGUGAAGACUAACCAUUCAAAAAUGAUGAGUUUUGAUUAGUGUUAACUGCAGUGCUUUGGGGACACUAAAAAUCAAAGAUUCCUUAAAUCUUAACUUGGUUCCUGCGGUUGAAUGGUAAAGGAUUAAAUUACCGUGGCUCACUGUUUAAGACAGUACCUGUGUUGUAAGAACAAUAGUUUGAAGUUACCGUCUUUCAUUGUUAACUAAGUUGUUAGAACAGUGAAGAUAUAUUAAGCUAUGCCAGGAAAGAAGUUACCUGUACAAAGUAACAAAAUAUAGUGCUGGCUAGGACAGUUAUGUUCUCAACUACCUCCCUUUUCUGUCAUAAUGACAGUAACUUAUUUACAUUAUCUCCCCUGUUUAUACUGAUGUUGGGAACAGUAGAGUGGUGUUUCUGUACCUGAAGGUAACAGACUGUUUACUGCACUGUUAGGGGAUAUUUGAGUCAAUACUUCUUAAAAGAGAAACACUUACAAAAGAAAAAAAGCAAAAA